AUGCUGUUCAAUCCUUUAGCCCUUGUUCAGGCUUUCUGGAGGCCCAAGAACCAAUUUGCUCUCUUUUUCGUGUCUUACUUUCUCGCCAAAUUACUUCAUCUCGGUAGCCAUGCCUCAUCUUUGCCUAUACUUCUCUACAUUCUAUACUUUCCAACCUUUCUUUUGCAGGACUGGCUCCUUCUGGUCAUAAGCAAGACGUUCAUUUAUACACAGCAUGGUGGAAUUUAUAGGAAGGUGAUUGGAUGUCUCCUUGCUCUAUUCACUGCAGGGUGUGCAUCUUCACAGAUUGCUUUCUUCGCGGAGACGGGAGGCGAGAUCCAAUGGAUGGCAGCUGGCAGAGUACUAGGCGGCAGUGGAGGCUUAGGUCUACUUUUGUCUGGGUUGCCAGCUGUAGGCUUGACUUUUGGCAGUCUUUCCACAGUUGCGUGGAUCAUAACGCCUAGGUUCUACGAUGCCGUGGAUUUGGUCCUAGCAAGAAUAAGGGCGUCUUUCUGUCGCGUCUAUGCGCUAUUGAGAAAGACAACCAAUAUCGAUGAAGCCAAGGCCCCCCUGAUCUCGUUAGAGGAAAGUCGUUCGUCCUCACCUGUUGAUUUGGAACCUUUGCCAGGCACAAUGUCCACUGUGAAAACAACUCCACCUCCACGGACUGCUAUUGCGAUUUCUUUCACAACGCUGAUAGCGGCCAUCGUGGUGAUCAUACUCCAGAUUGUCCGGCCCAAGUCACCACCAUAUGCGCAUAUGUCAGGUUCCAUACCCAUCACCUUAAUCGAAGCCGCGUGGUUUCAACCCAUCAACUCGGAAUUCUGUCUGGCGCAUCCAGUGGAGCAAUCGAUUUUUCCAUUUGAGCGUUUCGCUAAUUUUUUCAACAACACACAGCCCCACAGUUGGAUGCCACGUUCGCCAUCGUGCGGUAGAGGGAUAAAAAAAGGGCCGCCCGAAUGGCUGGAGAUGCCUGGAGAUGACGGGUCAUCUGCUCGUGAACUACCGCCCCAUGGCCCUCCCAAAUCGGACUCAUCCUCCCAUAGCCCGUCUCCUGAUCAUGGCUCGGAUGGUUCAUUACUAGGCGGUGAUGGGCACCAUGGAGGGUAUGGACCUCGUUGCGAUCCUCUCAAGCUCUCUAACCUUGAAGCACCCAUAACGGAAAAGCUGGCACACAGGCUAGCCACGAAGAAGCCUAAGAUUAGGAAUAUCCUUCUACUGACUUUGGAAAGCACCCGCAAAGACAUGUUUCCUCUGAAAAAGGGUAGCCGCGCUUACGAGGCAAUCAUAUCGACCUAUAGUUCAUCCAACGCAACAGCCGAAUUGGACGCUAAACUCGCCAAAUUGACUGCAACCUCUGCUUUUCUUUCUGGCGAGUCGACUGGGUUUGAAUCACACGAGGAACUUAUGCAAGAGAAGCCAUGGAAAGCAGCGUUUAAGAAUGGCAUGGGCGGGCUGAACGUGAAAGGCGCAGUUACGCAGGCAGCGUACACGCUGAAGAGUCUGGUCAGUAGCCACUGUGGGGUGGAGCCACUUCCAGUCGACUUCACGGAGGAAACCAAAGGUAGCAUUUACCAGGCUUGCUUGCCACAGAUACUUGAGCAACUGAAUCAUCCCUGGAAUGAUACCUCCAUCCACCCCAAGGCAGGAGUUGAAAAAACGCCGCAUGGGGAGGGGGACUACCGAAACACGGAAUGGACCUCCACCUUCAUCCAGUCGGUGACAGACCAAUUCGAUAACCAAGACGUCUUGAACGAUCGCAUGGGUUUCAAGCACACUAUAGUGGAAGCCCAAAUUUCUGAUGAGCGGUCGAAACAUUACCCCCCGAAACAGCCACGCGUAAACUAUUUUGGGUUCCCGGAGGUUGAAACGCUUGACUACCUUCGCGACCUGUUUGUGGAUGGUAUGCAACAGGACAAGCGCGUAUUUGCCUCGCAUCUCACGAGCUCGCCUCAUCAUCCAUUUGCAACGCCAAAUGACUGGGCGGGUAGGGACACAUACCUCAAGCAGAACCAUUGGCGACCACACGAUCCCUUUGACGAUUAUCUGAACACCAUAAAGUAUCAGGACGAGUGGAUUUCUGAUAUCUUCGAGAUGCUCCACGAGGUCGGCGCACUGCAAGAAACGCUUGUGGUGAUGACUGGCGACCACGGAUUGGCCUUUACUGCGGUUGACAAAAGUACCUCUGCGGUCAACAACGGCCAUGUCUCCAAUUUCGCCGUACCUCUCCUAUUCCUUCAUCCUGACCUGCCUCGCAUUGAAGUCAGCACAUCAACAACCCAACUGUCCGUCCUCCCUACGAUUCUGGAUCUGCUCAUCGAGACGGAUUCCCUUAGCGCCGACGCUGCAUCGACAGCACACGCGCUUCUCCCUCUUUAUCAGGGCAACUCACUCAUCCGCGACAUCGAUUUCAGUGUCCUACUGGAAGACGGCUCCGAGGCCCCGGCCUUCUUCCAGCCAUUUCACUUCUCUGCCAUCAACCCCGGUGGCUCCGUCCUUGCCAUUGCCGAUGCCUCGACGACGUAUCGUCUCAUUCUCCCACUCUGCUCAGCCAUCCCACUGCGCUUCACAGAUGUCUCCACGGACCCUGGAGAGCUUCAGCCCAUCAUUGCAUGGACGAUGGAGGAGUUGGUCGCAAUCAUCAAAGUCAGCCACGGGGGUAGAGCGAAGGACUGGGCCAUUCUGGCUGAGGAGCUUGGUCGGUGGUGGGUGUGGAAUCAACGGUCCAAGUGGGGCUAUUGGGGCGUUGCGAGGAGCACGGGAAGAGGCGGUGCAGAGAGGAGUGGGCGGGGACAGAUUAAGCACAAGCAUUGGUGGGAGACUUGA